UCCAUUCAGAAAUCAAACAUCAAGAAAUGGCUUCUCCUCAUUCUACUAUUCAUGUUGUUCUGUUCCCUUUCAUGUCCAAAGGCCAUAUUAUUCCUAUCUUCGACCUUGCUCGCCUUCUACUCGAUCGCAAAAUUUCAAUUACCAUCUUUACCACUCAUGCAAAUCGCCCUUUUUUCUGCGAUUCCCUUUCAGACACCAACAUCAAUAUCAUCGACAUCCCUUUUCCUCAAAACAUUGAAGGAAUUCCACCAGGUGUUGAAAGUACUGAUAAACUUCCAUCCAUGUCCCUUUUUUCUACCUUUGCCAACGCCACCAAAUCCAUGAAAUCCCAUUUCGAAAAGGCCUUAGAGUCUCUUCCGCCAGUUACUUUUAUGAUCACUGAUGGCUUUCUUGGCUGGACUUUAGACUCUGCAAAUAAAUUUGGUAUCCCAAGACUCGUUUAUUUUGGAAUAAGCACUUUUGCCACGUCCUUGUCGCGUUCCUCUAGUGUUCUUCUUCGGACAGAAUUGUCGGAUGAUGAUCUGUUUGAAGUUCCUGAUUUCCCCUGGAUUAAACUAACUAGGAAUGACUUUGACUCACCCUUAAGAGACCGUGAACCCAAGGGCUCGCUUUUCGAGCUUCGUGUUGAGACAGGCAUUGCCACCUCUAAAAGUUAUGCUCUACUUGUCAACAGCUUUUACGAGCUUGAAUCUCUUUAUAUUAACUAUUUUAACAGUAAAUUUAGUCCAAAAGCAUUGUGUGUCGGACCAUUUUGUGCAGCGGUCGAGCCACAAAAAUCACAGUUGGAAAGGUUAGAGAAACCUUCAUACAUCAAAUGGCUUGACGGGAUGCUAGAACAGGGGAAAUCAGUUUUAUACGUGGCAUUUGGGACCCAAGCGGAAAUAUCUUUUGAACAAUAUAGGGAAAUUACAAAUGGAUUAGAGAAAUCGGAAGUGAACUUUUUGUGGGUAGUCAGGAAAAGUAUAGAUGAUGUCAAUGAGGGGUUCGAAAACAGAGUUGAAAACAGGGGACUAGUGGUUACAGAGUGGGUUGAUCAAAGAGAAAUCUUGAACCACGGGAGCGUUCAAGGUUUUCUAAGCCACUGCGGUUGGAACUCAGUGAUAGAGAGCAUAUGUGCAAAGGUGCCAAUACUGGCAUGGCCAAUGAUGGCAGAGCAACACCUAAAUGCAAGAAUGGUGGUGGAGGAAAUCAAGAUUGGGCUAAGAGUUGAGACGUGUGAUGGAUCAGUGAGAGGGUUCGUCAAGUGUGAAGGUUUGGAAAAGCCGAUAAGGGAGUUGAUGGAAGGAGAGAAAGGUAAAGAGGCAAGGAAGAAAGUGGAGGACAUUGGAGAAGCAGCCAUUAAUGCAGUCAAAGAAGGUGGAUCAUCAUGGAAAAUGUUAAAUGAGCUUAUUCAUGAAUUAACUGCAACAAGACAGGUCUAAAUUGUGUUUUUCUUGUGGGAGUGGACUACCUUCUCUUUAGAAAUAAAUUUGAGUAUGUUGUUGCAUUUUGAUCUUUUCUUUUCUUUUCUUUUUUUCUGUUCCAAUGAAAUUGUUAAAAUCGUAUGAGGACCCUUUGGAUGUCUG